AUGGACCACAGAAUAUUCUGGCCUGAUUUGAUGUUGCUCUUGAAGAACUCAAGUGAAUAUAUAAUAAAGUUAUUUAUUGAUCACAUAUUUGGCGAAGUAUGUUCCCGUUUCAGGAUGAUGACUGGAAGUAAGCUUUCUAUUAGAGAUUCUGAGCAGAGUGAGGAGGAUAUGAACGAUGCUCUGAAGAGUUUGAAAUUUCAGUCUCUACAAAUGAGCAUUUCUGAUCAACAUGCAUUCCUUCAUAUCAGAGCGAUUACUCCAUACAUGUAUUCUGAGCUAAGCUCCUCUGCAAAGGAAGAUAAUCCGCAGCCUGCUGUAGAGCAGUUCUUGAAGCUGCAAGCAAGCUUGAAGAAUGCUCUUCUGGUUGCUGAUUCCCUAUCUAAAACUACCAUAGCUGGUUCAUCUCCAGCUCAUGAUGAAAAGCCAUCAGAAGAAGCCAUAAAGGUCACAUCCGACAGACGUAAACAAGCAGCUUCUUGGAUCCAUGUCGCACUGGCCACCGAUCUAUCGUCCUUCACAGUAUUUAGCAAACAAGCCACUUCAAGUCCAAUUCCAGGUUCAACUCCAGCUCCAAGCACAAAGACUAUAGCGGGACAUCAACCUAUAUUAGUACUUGAGAACUCUAGUAAGAGUGUGUCAACAAAAGCGCAAGAUAAAACUCGCCAGACAGUCAGCUCUAAGAUUGUUUCUACAGGAACUCCACGCAGGCUAGCAGAUGGACCAGCUGUUAGUCAGAAGCCAGGAGCUCCACCACCAACAGAGUGGGUCAGAGGAGAUGAUCUUGAUGAGGCUGUGGACUUGGCUGAAAUGUUGCGAAUGGAAUCCCAGGAUUGGUUCCUAGGAUUUGUCGAGAGAUUCUUGGAUGCUGAAGUGGACACCACAGCAUUAUCAGACAACGGUCAGAUAGCAGGCAUGUUGACUCAGCUCAAGAGUGUAAAUGACUGGUUGGAUGAGAUUGGGUCUGUCAAGGAUGAAGGAGAAACACUUCAUAUCUCUGCCGAGACAAUUGACAGGAUAAGGAAAAAGAUUUACGAGUAUCUUCUUACGCAUGUUGAAUCCGCGGCCGCUGCACUUGGUGGUGCUGCCUCACAGUCAUCACCAACAACAGACACCAAAACAAGAAGAUGA